AUGGCCCGCUCGCGCGGCGGAUGCCUGAAUUGUAAAGCCCGGAAGCGAAAAUGCGACCAAGGCCGUCCAGAGUGCCAGGCUUGCUCCCAAAGAGGCAUGAGAUGCCAGGGCUACUCUACGCCGUUGAGAUGGGUCAACGGUGUUGCUUCUAGAGGCCGUUUUGCCGGUGCCUCCAUCCCCGACGCGUCAUUCGUUCCGCCUUCCACGCUACCUUAUCCUCAGCAGCAGCAGCAGCAGCAGCAGCAGCUACAGCUACCCCAGUAUCCUCCCAGUACUGCUGAUAGCAAUCCAGACAUGUCGAUGGACUCGGAGAAUUCCCUCUCGACCGUGUCAAAUCACAACCCCUCCAGCACGGAGUCGUCGGCGGCAUUUUCGCCCAGAAGCGCGACUGGCGUGCCAGAUCCAUCGGAUCGGAUAUUCAAGAGAUUUAUGCAAAAUGGGCUCAAUCUCUUGUACACAACGGAAGCUAGUUCCUGGAUCAAGCCCUUCUUUGAGGAGAUGGCCCUCCAAAGUCCGGCCCUCGUCAUGAUCGCUGGCGCCAUACAGGGCUACAUGGAUGAUGGCAUGUCGGUAAAGUCGAUGGAGUACGUCGACUUGGCUCUGCAGACGUUUCGUCAAGAGCUUACCACCCGUUACGAAAAGUUCCACGUCGCGACCGUGUGUGCUGGGUUGCUCGUCUGCUCGUUAUGUUUACUUCAGGCAAAAGAAUGGACCAUGUACCUCGAACUCAUGGUCAACGUCUACGACUUGCGAAACAAGUUGAAAACCCCAGGUCAAAUCCCCAUUGACAAUCUCUAUCAUCAGCACAUCCUUGAAGUCUUGGGUGUCAUGGACAUGCCCUCCAUGGUCAUCGGCAGAGCCGGUCCACCCAUUGGUGUCUGGAAGCUCCUCCGCCGUCUCCAAGAUGAUACACAAGACGGUCGGGCCGAUGGCAUCGAAGUCGUGUCAGGUGUCCCACGAUCAUUACUAGACAUCUUCGCAGGACUCGUCGAUAACGAACCAGAGUACACCGAAAGUCGCUUCUGGUCAUGGCCCGGUGACAUUGGUGAAUCUCUACAAGUCCACUACUGGGAUUCCUGGAAGUUAGCAGGUGUCCUCGAAGUCCGUCGUCGUCAGAGAAUGAGUCGAAAAGCAAGAGGCAUCCCCGAACGGGCCGAUGACGCACCCAAGAACUACCCCAGCACAGAAAUUGUAAUGUGUCGUCUUAUUGCAUCAAUAGAUGCUCUCCUGAAAGCCUAUGAAGAACCCCGUAACCAGCACUUGCUUGUGCAUAACGGUUUGACGUAUCCUGUCCUCAAUGCUGGUCUGGAGGUUCCGCUGCUGAAGUUACACCCUACGUGGAAAAGGACGAUGGAUGAUGCCAAAGAAUCCUUCGCGACUGAUACGGUUGACCUGCUCAAGGUUAUGUUUGAGUUGAUCGACGCGGCGUGGGAAGACGGGACGUCGACGUUUGACAUUGAGAAGGUGGCGCGAGAAAGGAAUAUUGAACUUGCGAUUUUUUAA